GCUAAAGCGCUUUUGCCAUCUACCAAAUCUCACUCACUGCCCGAAUUUUUUGUAUGCAAUUCGUUUUCGUCAAGUUAUAAACCAAAACAAAAACAAAGAAAAAUCGUAGAGAAUUGUUGUGAUCGGGUGAGGUGUGGGUGGGCAGUGGGCAACAUCUGUAGAGAAAGAUGAGUAAAAAUGCAUGCGGGGGUCCCAGCACCAUUUUCAUUCAUUUUGCUUGUAUUAUCAAUGUAAAAAGUUAUGUUUAUGAGAUCUGAAUAUGUUGCCAAGGGCAAUGAUACUAGGGAGCGUUGAUUGUUACGUGGAUCGCAGCCACCGCUUUGUGGCGGUUUAGAUUGUAUUAAGUUAAGAUUAAAGAUUAUACAUUGAUCAUUAAAGAUGCAGCAACCAAAGGAGGAGGAAAUGGAGAUUUUGGGGCCUCGUACCCUUUCCAACCAGGUUAUGGAAGCAAGAGCAGUAGGGCAAGCGGAGAGAAUGAACAAGACGGAGAAGGAGAAUGAGGAGGAAGAGGCAAUUAUUGAGGAUCCGCCAACAUCAAAGUUCACAUGGACUAUUCAACACUUGUCCAGAGUGAACCUGAAAAAAUAUUACUCAGACAUUUUUACAGUCGGAGGAUUUAAAUGGCGGAUUCUGAUGUUCCCAAAAGGAAACAAUGUUGACCGGUUGUCCAUGUACUUGGAUGUGGCAGAUGCUUCCAGUUUACCUUAUGGUUGGACUAGAUAUGCUCAUUUCAGCUUGGCUGUUGUCAAUCAGAUUCAUCCAAAGUAUACUGCUAGAAAAGAAACUCAACAUAAUUUCACUGCUUGGGAGAGUGAUUGGGGUUUCACAUCAUUUAUGCCACUUUCGGAUCUUUAUGACCCAGCAAAAGGGUAUUUGAUACAUGACAGUCUAAUAGUAGAAGCAGAAGUUUCUGUACAAAAAAGCUUAGACUAUUGGAGUUAUGAUUCAAAAAAGGAGACUGGAUUUGUUGGACUGAAGAAUCAAGGAGCAACAUGCUACAUGAAUUCCCUUCUUCAAACAUUGUAUCAUAUGCCUUACUUCAGAAAGGCAGUGUAUCAUAUGCCAACAACUGAAAAUGAUGUGCCAUCAAAUAGCAUUCCUUUGGCUCUACAGAGUGUGUUCUACAAACUCCAACACAGUGACACCAGUGUGUCAACAAAAGAUUUGACGAAAUCUUUUGGAUGGGAUACAUAUGAUUCUUUUCUGCAGCAUGAUGUGCAGGAGCUGAACCGUGUGUUGUCUGAGAAAUUAGAGGACAAAAUGAAGGGUACUGCUGUGGAGGGUACAAUACAACAAUUAUUUGAGGGCCAUCAUAUGAAUUACAUUGAAUGUAUAGAUGUAGAUUACAAAUCGACACGGAAAGAGUCAUUCUAUGAUCUACAACUUGAUGUCAAAGGCUGUCGAGAUGUCUAUGCAUCUUUUGAUAAGUAUGUGGAAGUUGAAAGGCUAGAAGGUGAUAAUAAAUAUCAUGCAGAGCAUUAUGGCUUGCAGGAGGCAAGAAAAGGUGUUCUUUUCAUUGAUUUUCCUCCAGUGCUACAGCUUCAACUCAAGCGCUUUGAAUAUGAUUUCAUGCGUGACACAAUGGUGAAGAUAAAUGACCGUUACGAGUUUCCUCUGGAACUUGAUUUGGAUAGAGAAAAUGGGAAGUAUCUUUCUCCAGAUGCAGAUAGGAGUGUGAAAAAUUUGUACAUUCUACAUAGUGUAUUGGUCCACAGUGGGGGUGUGCAUGGAGGACAUUAUUAUGCUUUUAUUAGACCAACUCUCUCAGAUCAAUGGUACAAGUUUGAUGAUGAGCGUGUUACAAAGGAAGAUAAUAAGAGGGCCUUGGAAGAACAGUAUGGUGGUGAAGAGGAAGUGCUACAGACAAAUCCUGGUUUUAACAACACUCCUUUUAAGUUCACAAAAUAUUCGAAUGCUUAUAUGCUUGUGUAUGUAAGAGAGAGUGAUAAGGACAAGAUUAUUUGCAACGUUGAUGAGAAGGAUAUUGCAGAGCACUUAAGGGUGAGAUUAAAGAAAGAGCAGGAUGAUAAGGUGCAGAAGCGGAAAGAAAAGGCAGAGGCCCACCUUUAUACAGUUAUAAAGGUUGCCCGUGACAUUGAUCUUACUAAUCAGAUUGGCAAGGACAUAUAUUUUGAUCUUGUAGAUCAUGACAAAGUACGGACUUUUCGGAUUCAGAAGCAAAUUGCAUUUACAUCUUUCAAGGAAGAUGUUGCAAUAGAAUUUGGUAUCCCUGUGCAAUUUCUGCGAUUUUGGCUGUGGGCAAAGCGUCAAAACCACACAUACCGUCUGAACAGGCCUUUGACACAACUGGAGGAAUCCCAAUCUGUUGGCUACUUAAGGGAGUCUUUUAAUAAAGCACCUGUUGCAGAAUUGAAACUAUUUAUGGAAGUUGAAUAUGGUCCGGAUUUCCGUGUCCUCCAGCCUCCUGAGAAAACAAAGGAAGAUAUACUUGUUUUUUUCAAACUUUAUGAUCCAGAAAAAGAAGAGCUCAGGUAUGUUGGGAGGCUUUUUGUUAAGGCUGGAGGAAAACCUACAGAAAUAAUGCCACAAUUGAAUGCCAUGGCUGGUUUCCCACCAAAUGAGGAAAUUGAACUUUUUGAGGAAAUAAAAUUUGAGCCAAAUGUCAUGUGUGAGAUCAUUGAAAAGAGAAUUUCUUUUCGAGCUAGCCAGCUUGAAGAUGGGGACAUCAUUUGUUAUCAGAAAGCUCUCACAGGUGAUGAGGAUAUAUAUCGAUAUCCGGAUGUUCCUUCAUAUUUCGAUUACGUUCGUAACAGACAGAUUGUACAUUUCCGGCGCCUAGACAAGCCCAAGGAAGAUGACUUUUGUUUGGAACUUUCAAAGCACUUCACUUAUGAUGAUGUCGUGGAGAGAGUUGCACAACAGAUUGGAUUGGAUGAUCCUUCAAAAAUAAGACUUACACCACAUAAUUGCUAUUCGCAGCAACCAAAGCCUCAACCCAUCAAGUACAGAGCCAUAGAUCACUUAUGUGACAUGCUAGUCCAUUAUAAUCAGAAAUCUGAUAUCUUAUAUUAUGAAGUCCUCGACAUCCCACUUCCAGAGCUGCAGGGACUAAAAACAUUGAAGGUUGUUUUUCAUCAUUCAGCAAAAGAUGAGGUGUCUGUCCACAGUAUAAGACUUCCAAAACAAAGUACUGUUGGUGAUGUUAUCAGUGAGCUGAAGGGAAAGGUGGAACUAUCCAACCCAAAUGCAGAUCUGAGAUUGCUUGAGGUCUUCUACCACAAAAUUUACAAGAUUUUUCCAUUGAACGAAAAGAUUGAGAAUAUUAAUGAUCAGUACUGGACUUUGCGAGCAGAAGAGAUCCCAGAGGAGGAAAAGAAAUUAGGUCCUCAGAACCGGCUAAUUCAUGUAUAUCACUUUAACAAAGAUGCAUCUCAAAACCACACGGUGCAAAAUUUUGGAGAGCCUUUCUUUUUGGUUAUUAGUGAAGGUGAGACAUUGGCUGAAGUGAAAGAAAGAAUAAAAAAGAAGCUGCAGGUUCCUCCUGAUGAAUUUUCCAAGUGGAAAUUCGCUUUCCUCUCUUUGGGCCGUCCAGAAUAUCUUCAAGACACAGAUAUCGUGUCUACUUAUUUUCAGAAGCGUGAUGUUUAUGGAGCUUGGGAGCAGUACCUUGGGCUAGAGCAUUCUGACAGUACACCAAAGAAAUCCCACCAAGCCAAUCAGAACCGCCAUAACUUCGAGAAACCUGUAAAGAUAUACAAUUGAGCUCCAAACUUGGCAUGCACACACUUGAGGCUGAAGGAUUGCACCUCCAGAUGCCUUUAUUUUGAUGGACCCAAUUUGAGAAGACUUUUGUAAUUGCACUCUAGUUAAAUUGAGCAUUUAACCAUUCAUGUACCUCAGUGGCAGUUAUAGUUAAUUGCCCCUCCUCUUGUAUGUCAUCACUGCUUAUGAAAGUCUCUUUAUAUUGCUUAGCUUUAAUAGUGCUUGUCACUUAUUUACAACUUAUUCAAGAUAGAAUUGGGAUGUUGUAGUUUGUCAUUUGCCAUCAGGUUAUUCUUCUAUCUGGAAGAUUCAAAUUUAGAAUCUUCGCCUUUUGAUUGAUUUGCAAUAUUUCAGGCUUUUAGGUACUGAGUGCCUUGACAUGGCAUUAGGUGUUACUACAGCCAAUCAGCCACCUUAAUGGAAUUGCUCAUGUUUUAUCUUGGAAGAGAUAUAUAGUUGUGUUUAUUAGAUUCUUGUAGAAAACCGCAUCUUCCGUCAGCCAUUUGUUCUUUUGUAUUCACGGAGGAGGACAAAAACAUGAGCUUAAUUUGUAUUGGUACUCUCGACACAUGGUCCAGUUAUAUGCACAAGGUAAUAUUUCAUGUUUAAUGAAAUAUGAUUUAUGGGGAGACUUCUGUUCCA